CAUAAACCUCAGCCAGGCUUUCCUAACCCCGCGCCCUCUGAUGGACUACAGGAGCCCUGUGCCCAUCCUGCUGGAGAAGGGAGAAAGGCUCGCAUCAUGACUCUGUGGCCGCAAGCUUUCAACCAGCAGAACAUGCUUCUUGAGGCACUCGGAGCUUCCUGAAUUCCAGUGCAUGGAUGCCACUUAAUUUCAGUGCAUGGAUGCCCCAAAGUGCAGUGCUGGAAUGGGAAACCACAGCAACAAUCAUACCUGUGUGACCGAUGAUUCCUUCAAGUACAACCUCUAUGGAGCUGUCUACAGUGUGGUGUUCAUCCUUGGCUUAAUCACCAACUGUGCCUCUCUGUUUGUCUUCUGGUUCCGGAUCAAAAUGCGGAGCGAGACCACCAUUUUUAUGACCAACCUGGCAGUCUCAGACUUGCUCUUUGUGUUCACUCUCCCAUUCAAGAUCUUCUACAACUUCAACAGGAACUGGCCAUUUGGGGACCCGUUGUGCAAGAUCUCAGGAACAGCUUUCCUGACCAAUAUCUACGGAAGUAUGCUGUUCCUCACCUGCAUCAGUGUGGACCGCUUCCUCGCUAUUGUCUACCCAUUCCGGUCUCGUUUGGUUAGGACAAGACGUAAUUCAGCAAUUGUGUGUGCAGGAGUAUGGAUUUUAGUUCUCAGCGGGGGGAUCCUGGCCUCCUUGUUUUCCACAACUAACACCACCGAUGGCAAAACAACAUGUUUCGAAGGGUUUCCCAAAGAUGUAUGGAAGACCUACUUAUCCAAGAUUACAAUAUUUAUUGAAGUGGUUGGCUUCAUCAUUCCCCUUAUGCUCAACCUAACAUGUUCAUCGCUGCUUCUGAGGACUCUCAGGAAGCCAGCCACCCUCUCCCAAAUUGGCACAAACAAAGAAAAAGUGCUCAAGAUGAUAAUUGUGCACAUCACUAUCUUUGUGGUGUGCUUUGUCCCCUACAAUUCCAUCCUUUUUCUGUAUGCCCUUGUUCGUUCUCAGGCUGUAGCCAACUGUUCUCUGGAGAGGUUUGCCAAGACCUUGUACCCAAUCACACUGUGUAUUGCCACUCUCAACUGUUGCUUUGAUCCUUUUGUCUACUACUUCACAUCAGAAUCUUUCCAGAAAUCUUUCUAUGUAAUUCCUCAUCUCAAAAGUGAUUCCCUUUUCAAAACUGAAACCCCUCUAACAAAAGUUCCUCUGCCACCAAUACAGGAGGAGAUGAGUGACCAAACCAUUACAAAUGGGGGAGACUUGACCUGUGAAUCCAAUUUUUAAUUCUGAAGCUUUCUGCACUAACAGUAGGAUAGGCAUCAGACUGCAGAGAACUUGGUAUUAACCCAGUAGAUGGGAAGUAUGUAGAUUAUACAUGAAUGAAAAGUCAAGCAGAUGCUCUUCCUUCUGAAAACUCACCCUCAUGUUUUAACUCAAGUAAUGUUGCCCAUAUGUACAUUUUGCUUUUGAAACUACAGAAUAAUAAAAUAUUUCAUCUUGUCUUUAUUUCUUCCCUCCACUGCUGAUUAUUGAGCAAUGGCCUAUUUCCC